CCCCGCUAAAUUCAUCUUCCACCUGUUGACCUCCUCUCCCCGAUAUCUUUCGAUAAUUUCCACUACCACAGAGCCAGCUGCAUCCUUGGCUGCUCAGACAAUUCUCAUCCCCGUGAUACUCUUUCCCUCAUACCUUUGCCAUUUUUUGUAUCGCAAGCCAAAAUGCGUGAGAUCAUCAGCAUCAACGUCGGUCAGGCCGGUUGUCAGAUUGCCAACUCGUGCUGGGAGCUUUACUGUCUUGAGCACGGUAUCCAGCCCGAUGGAUACCUGACCGAAGAGCGCAAAGCUGCCGCCCCAGACCAUGGCUUCAGCACCUUCUUCUCCGAAACUGGCAAUGGCAAGUACGUGCCUCGCACCAUCUACUGCGAUCUCGAGCCCAACGUCGUCGACGAGGUCCGCACCGGUACCUACCGCAGCCUUUUCCACCCCGAGCAGAUGAUCACCGGCAAGGAGGAUGCUUCCAACAACUACGCCCGCGGCCACUACACCGUCGGAAAGGAGCUUAUCGACACCGUUCUGGACAGAGUGCGCCGUGUUGCCGACAGCUGCGCCGGUCUCCAGGGUUUCCUGGUCUUCCACUCUUUUGGUGGCGGUACUGGUUCUGGUUUCGGUGCUCUCCUCAUGGAGCGCCUGUCUGUCGACUAUGGCAAGAAGAGCAAGCUCGAGUUCUGCGUCUAUCCCGCCCCUCAGACCGCCACCUCGGUCGUUGAGCCCUACAACUCCAUCCUUACCACCCACACCACCCUCGAGCACUCCGACUGCUCUUUCAUGGUCGACAACGAGGCUAUCUACGACAUCUGCCGCAGAAACCUCGGUGUUGAGCGACCCAACUACGAGAACUUGAACCGCCUCAUUGCUCAAGUCGUCUCUUCGAUCACCGCCUCUCUCCGUUUCGACGGUUCGCUCAACGUGGACUUGAACGAGUUCCAGACCAACUUGGUUCCUUACCCUCGUAUUCAUUUCCCUCUGGUCGCUUACGCCCCUGUCAUCUCUGCCGCCAAGGCUUCCCACGAGGCCAACUCGGUGCAAGAGAUGACCAUGUCCUGCUUCGAGCCCUACAACCAGAUGGUCAAGUGUGACCCCCGUCACGGAAAGUACAUGGCCACCUGCCUGCUGUACCGUGGUGAUGUCGUCCCCAAGGAUGCUCACGGUGCCGUUGCCACCCUCAAGACCAAGCGCACUAUCCAGUUCGUCGACUGGUGCCCUACUGGCUUCAAGCUGGGUAUCUGCUUCCAGCCCCCUCAAUAUGUGCCUAACGGUGAUCUGGCCAAGGUUGAUCGUGCUGUCUGCAUGCUUUCCAACACCACGGCCAUUGCCGAGGCUUGGUCUGCCUUGUCUACCAAGUUCGAUCUCAUGUACUCGAAGCGUGCCUUCGUGCACUGGUAUGUGGGUGAGGGUAUGGAAGAAGGUGAAUUCUCCGAGGCCCGUGAGGACUUGGCUGCCCUUGAGCGUGAUUACGAGGAGGUUGCCACGGACUCUCUGGAGGCUGAGGGCGAUCUUGAGGCCGAGUACUAAGCGUGGAAACAAUGAAGCCAAGCGUUUGGCCAGACCCCAUGCGUUGGCAAUUUAUUGAUCAUCUCACACGGAAACUCUCCCUGUCGCGAUGACAAGGCUGUUCGAUUCUUCUCUAGGAACAGGCUCUUGCGGCAUUGCGCGGGUAUAGGGGCAGGACAUUUCUGUGGGAGUGGUUGAGGAAGAAUAGCCUCUCUGCUUAGUUUGAUUUGUUGCAGAGCCAGGCGAAAGAGGAGUAGUAUACUACACUUUGUAAAUCCCUUUAAUAGUACGAAGACUUCAGUGGCA